AUGGAAAACGCAUACAAUGAACUUAAACGCCGACUUACAACAUCACCAGUAUUUCUCAAUUUUCCCGAUGAUAAAUCACCACUUGUAUUAUCAACGGAUUCUUCGGGUUACGGCAUGGGUGGUGUUUUACGACAAACAACACCAGAAGAAUCAAAAGUAAUAAAAUAUGUAUCAAAAAAAUUUAAUGCCGCACAAAAAAAAAUAUUCUACGACCGAAAGAGAAUGUUUAGCAUUAAAACUGAUCAUUGCCCACUAUGUAGUUUUAAUAAAAAGAAAUUUCAAAAUUCGAGAAUCGAGCGUUGGCAAUUACAAUUAUCGGAAUACGACAUUACAACAAUCACUUAUAAAUGUGGAAAAUGUAAUUGUGAUGCCGAUUUAGUAUCACGUUUUCCAUAUGAUGAAGCUGAUAUUGAUGAUGGAGAACAUCCAAUGUGUGCUCGACACUAUACACAACCUUCUGCUAAUCAUAUAACUACUUUACAAAUCAAUGUCAUUACAAGAUCAAGAGCCAAACAACUAUCAACGAAAUUGUCCGUACCAUCUUCAUUUACAUCUUCAUCAUCGAACAUCACGACAAGAUCCAAAACUAAAAAGGUUAAUAUCUCACCUAAUUUCGACACAACACUUGCUCCAUUUUCAUCAACAACAUCUACAAUAGUCUUGCCUUCAUCGUCAUUAAUUGAUUUUAGUAUCGAUCGAAUUCUAAAUGAUCAAAGGAAUGACAUUGAUAUUCAAACAAGAAUACAAAAUAUCAAAGAUGAUCCUCGAAAAUAUUUGAAUGAUGUUGUCGAUCAGCAACUUGAGGGUGUGCGUGUGGGUGGGUGUGGAUGUGGGUGUGGGUGUGGGUGUGGGUGUGGGUGUGGGUAUGGGUGUGGGUGUGGGUGUGGGUGUGGGUGUGGGUGUGGGUGUGGGUGUGGGUGUGGGUGUGGGUGUGGGUGUGAGUGUCGAUUAAGAAAAGGGCAUCCAUCCAAACACACCGACACCCCCCCCCCCCCCCAAAAGGCCCCCCACCAAACCCCCCCCCCCCCCCCCCCCCCCACACACACACACCACACCACACCCCACGCUCACGCCCGCACCCAAAAGACUCAAAUCCUUGUCAGUGCUUUCGGAAUAAAAGGCAAUAGUCAUUGUUGAAUGCAGUUCAUCGAACUACUUCAGAUGAAAUUAAUUUCAAAACUGGUACAUAUUCUAAAUCGAAUAGUUUCAGGAAAUAUCAAUUCUGUUAUAUUGUCUCAGAAUGGAAAAAACCUUUUAUUAAUAUUUUUUGUUUUUGAUCUUUCAUCUAGAUAUAAUUAUAUCAUUUGACAGAGCUCGCCGAGCACUGUCUGGCACACAAAAGCCCAAAGUUAGCACACUUAACUGGCGGAAUCAUUCGAAGAAAAACUGGAAUCAGUCGUUCACUUCACGUACAUAUAUUUUUGAAGAAUAGAGUACAACGUAUUCUGUAUGUAAAUAUUGAAGCAUAUUUUCUAAUAGUAGCCACACUAUACGAACUAGAAAGCAAUAAAAAAAACAUCGUAAAAACGAAAAAUAAGCGUUACAAAUCUCAUAGAAAAAAAGUAAGUGUCAGUUUGAUGAAAUAGUGAUGGUCGAGUGAUACAUGUAAACAAAUAAAUUUUGGAAAAAACCAGCUGAUUUUAUUUGUUAUAAAUAACAAGUGAAAACGGAUAGAAACAGAAAACAUAACCAGUCACUGCAGUACCAUUCACCAUGUAAGUAUGUUUAAUUUUUAACAUUAUUAGACAAAUCAUAAGUUUACAGCUGACAGUCAAAUCUAAUUAGUUACUGACAAUAACAUAGGACGAAAGAAAAAUAUCACGAGAUUUUUAAUAUCCAACUAAUUUUAAGAGGUUUACGGUCGUGAAUAUUCAGUCUACGCAUUUGAUAGUCUAGGUUGAAGUAGCUUUCACAUGAAAUAUAGCACCGUAAAAUCUUUGAAACAGAUUGUCUGUCACAAAUGUUAAUAUUUCACGCAAAGUUACGAGGACAGAUAACACGAAUUAUUUCAAAGAGCGUCCACGACACUAUUGAGCAUGAUUCCAGUAUAAGAAGCAUUUGUUAAAAAUUAAAUUUUUGAUUUUUUUAUGUACAUUCGAAAGUACAAGAUCUAAAACUACUGAACCAAGCUUUUUAGUUCAAUUUGGAUUUGUUAUAGUGAAGUUAGACCUGAUCGACUUUUAGCACUCCAUUCCGUUAUGAACAAAAAUAAAUUAUUAACUUUCUUAUAAAUCUUUAGUAAGAUUCUACCAUCAAAAGUGAGAACAUUUUCACGCAGCAUACGAAACGAUAUAGCAGAUGUAUAUGAUAAAAAAAAUGAGUCAUUUUGAAUAUUGUAUAUGAUUCAUUUAGUAAAUUAAAAAAAUAGCGGAAAUGAUAAUAGAUUACUAGGUAUUGAAGUUCUGUUUUUCUAAGUAUAUCUACUGCCGCUUAUUGAAAUCAUAACAUCCCAGAGUGAAUUUUGUAUAUAUGCUAUGUAAUUUUUGAUUCUCUACCAAAUGCUAAAAAAAUUAAGGGAAAAUAUUUUAAUUUGACACCAAAAGUCUAGUUUAUUGUCAAGUUUGAGGUAAAUAGUCUGAAGAAAAAGAAUCUUCACUAUUUUUUCAAUGACCUUCAUUAAUGAACAUUUUCACUUAGCAAACAUUGUAACUUUUAUGCUGCAUCGAAUGGCAUAACACAUUCUUUCUUAAAAAAGAAUAAAUGUGGAAACCUCGGAUUUAAAUCCGAGAGUUAUGUGUACUUCAAAAAGUAAAUGAGACAAAUCGGUCAUCCUAGAAUGUGCGGAUAUAAAAAUUAGUCUGGCAAAUCCUUUCUAUAAACAUUUGAAUUCUAUUGGCUACUACUCAACCAAUAGGAUUUCGGAGUGAACACAGCUCAGAUUUGGACUCUUCGCCUUGAGUUAUCCUAAAAAACUCGUUUUUCCUAUAAUUUGGUUUCUAUUGGUCAGUGCUCAACCAAUGGGGCUUCGAGUGAAGUGGAUUACAAAUUCGAGUUCUUCAUCCUAGAAAACCUCGAAGUAUUAUCUCUGUGAUCGGAAGAUAGAGCUCGAAUUGUGGAUCGAUUGGAGCGCAGACAAAAACAGAACCGAUUUCCGUUUGUUUAUCUCUGCAAUAGGUGAGCUAGCCUUGUUGUUUCUUUAUGUUUUAUAUACUGUUUUGUAGCUCGUGAAAUUCUCUAUCGAAUGGUAUAUAAUAGUUGGGGGUUUAUAUGGCUAUGAUAGGAAAAGUUUUUUACGAAAGCAGAGAAGGGCCUAUCUUCUCAUAGGGAAAAAUGACUAUUUUUGCAAUAACUCAGCAAUGGCUCGGCCAAUCAUUCUCAUCUUCGAACUCGACCGAGAUAUUGUAAAGACUAAACUGUGUAGAAAAUUUCAUCGCGAUCGGACUCUCCUUUCAAAAGUUAUCGUGUUAACGACCGGCCGGACGGACACACUGACCGAUUCUAGAGUGUACUCACUUUUUGAGUACACAAAAAGAACGUGAAAAACUAGAAACCUUUUACGAUUUCUGCUUUUUUAGCUCACUGAAUGAAUGAUAUAAAAUAUUUGAAAUAGCACAUUUUCUUGUGCAUCUAAAUCCACUCUACGUUUCGUAUACUGCAUGAAAAGGGUGGGUAUGGACGUCUAUAAGUGGAGAGCAACAAUCAAACUUGUACCUACAUUCUUACAGUUGAUAUUCUUUUGACUAAACCAUUGAUCGUAUAUUCUACUUUGAAACCAUGUGUAUAAUAUUGUGUUAUUUAUUGUCAAUGACUAGAUUCAGUCAAACUUAAUCGAGAUGCAUUCAUAUUUGUCUGAAUGAGUUUUUUUUCUUCUCUUUACUACUUUUUAUAAUAAUAAAAUUUGAAUAGAUAGAUCUGAUUGUUGAUGAUUUCUUUAUUUAAAUUUUUCAAAUAGUGUGGACAUAUUCUAAAUCCAUCCGUUGAAUUUCAUCUUGAACGAUUGUCAAAGCAUGUUGCAUAUUCACUACAUUAAUUUCGACAGCCCCUUAAAUCAUUGGUCUAUGCAAGCGUCAUGUAACGCAAGAUGAAAACUAUUUUCAUAACGAUUAUUAUACCUCAUAUCUAAUGAUUUACACGUGUUUCUCUAAUGUAAGAGGACUAAAGCAAUUGCCUUUACUCUUCUCUUUUCAUGCGUUAGCAAAAAAAUGUAAGAUUCGCUGCAUGCAUAAUAUGAAAAAAAUAACUUUUACUUAUUCAUCUAUCUAACUGACACAUUAUCGAUUUUUUUUUCUAAAAAAACGAAUCAUAAUCGACUGUUAAAUGUUGAUCAAAUUUGGCACAAAUCAUUUCUUCUCAACAUAUGAAAUCAUUUUUUUCUUUGAAAAAGAUAUAAUAAUUGUUUUGAUAGUAAUUAAAACAUUAAAAUAGCAGAGUCUCUUUCGACCAAAAUCUGAAAAUAAUCUAACUCUUUUACGCAUUAUCUGUGGACAUAUUUUCACAAGAAGAUCGCUUCUAUUUAGUUUUUUAUUAAUACAUUACAGUGUAAGAUUAAACUCUAAUAAAACAAUUAUAAUUUCACUAGAUUCGAACAUUCAUUCUUAUAGUUCCACGAAACUCUACUUUAGAGUAAUAUAUUAGUCCAAUCGAUGAUGAAUAAUCAUUUAUAUUCCCAAAUAAAAUGAAAGCAAAACAAAUUAUAUAUUCGUAAAAAUCACAAUAAUACAGAAUUACAAAUUUGUUCUUUUCAUUUUCUAUUUAUUGGUUUUUUUCUUCAACUCUAAUUCAAAUCUGGGAUAUUUCCCGUAAUUUUUUGAAUCCAAUCAUCUUUGACCAAUUGGUGGGCAGCACCUAUGUAAGCUGCCGGCAAUGCAAAAUUCCAGUAAAUUUUUUUUCUGCGUUUUUUUACACUAUUUAAUAGAGCUCGAGCUGCUAAUCACGAAAAACAACUUUUUAGCUUUAGUAAAUACUUCCUUCCGGUCGAAAAAUACGAAAUACUCGAAAGAUGUCAUUUUUGGAAAAAAUACAUCGUUUCUCAAAAUGUGCAAAAUUUUCUACUUUAUUCUUUUCUU